CUAUUAGUCUCAUCUGCCAUUCUAUGAGGUGCAUGCCCUCUUGAGGGUAAUCUUCUCAACAGAUUUUGGGGAAUCAACAAACACAUACGCAGAAAAGAGAGGCAAAUCGACGCAUUCAUUGAGCGAAAUUGAGCCAUGAGCAACACCAGCACAGAACGGAGGCCAGAAAUGCCAGAACUAGACAGGACCAAUCUUGGUAAGGCUAUCAACACCAGCCAGAGAACGGUUCAGGAACGAAGGUCGGGGGUAUCGAAAUCAAACCAGAGCACCAAAUUCAAGAAGUCUGCUCGAGUUCGGGCGACAACCAUCAACUGCGGCAGCAGCGACUUCCAGAAAAUUGUCAAGGAAUUCACCGAAAUCCCUUCGCUCAACGGGAGCCCGAUUAGCAGUGCGGACUCUACUCCUACGAAAAGAAAGAUGAUGCCUCGGGGGACAGAGCAGGUCCGAGUCGCCCCAGCCUCGGACCUCGAUGUGCAACCUGAGGAUGGGUACAUUUGGACGAUGUACCGUCAGAGGACAUCUCCUGAAGCCAAGUAUCCAAGGAUUUCACUGUGCAACAAUGGAAUCAGAGUUUAUAGUCGGAAGCAAAAGGUGCUGAUGAGGCUUAAGGUCCUGGCGUAUGUUGCCCGGUUGUGUGUCUCGGCUGCUCAUGAGUAUGCUUGGCGGACAAUCUGUUGCUGGGGUGAGGACUGCACGAUAAUUUGGUCUACUUGGAGCCCGCCUUGGUCUAGUUGGCUGAGAUUGUGGGUUUGUGCGUGGAAGAAGGGCAGAGAGAGAAAAUUCGCUGGAAGGAGAAUCUGACACAAAGUAAGAGACAAGAAGAGAAGGAAGGAAGGAAGGAGGAAGCAAGGAGGGGAAGGAAGGACGAAAAAAAUAAAAUAAAAAUUCCCCCUCGCGGUCUAGGGUUUGCAGACGCGCACGUACGGCUUUCUUCUCCCUCUCGUUUGAUGGCCAUUGAAGUUUCCGGGCCCAUUUCAGUGUUCGCGACGAGCAUAGCCGUGCCGCGAUUGACCGCCGGUUCUUCCCCUUUCGCUCUCCGUUUACGCCGGUCGGUCCGGACGCUUAAGCUCGCGUUCCAGAACGCCGGCAACCCACGAUCUGGAACGUCCGGUCUCCGGCAGCGCGGCGCGGCGCUCGAGGUGGGCGCGGUGCGGGGGCGGUGCGGUGUCGGUGACGCGGCGAGGCCUCUGCGUAUGAUGCUGGGCGAGGUACACGUGGGCGGUCCCGCUGGCGGCAUGGCUGAUGAGGCGAGAGGCGAUUGUACGGAUUCGGUCAAUUGCGUUGUUGCGGGGAAGGACGCGGACGCGGGCUUUGCGGUCGACGGUUUGACCGGCGCGGGUGCCGAUUCGGGCGGUGGUUUGUCGGUUUCGCAGGGCGGCGGAAGCGGCGUCGGUUCGUUUCGUGAAGCUAUGGCGACCCAUUGUUCUUAUGUAGAGAACGGAGAGGUGGAUGGUGAUAAUGUGGCCGAUCUUCGGGAUGAAAAGGUCAACGGCUUGAGGGAAGUGAAGCGGGAACGCAAUUUGGUGUCUUGGACCGGCAUGAUUUCCUCGUACAUGAGCAACGGCCAGUACGAGCUUGCUUUGCGGUUGUACGCUCUUAUGUGCCGGACGGGCGUGAGGCCGAAUGAAUUUGGUUUCCCCGUGGCGCUUAAGGCGUGUAGACUUACUCGUGACUUCACGAUGGGAAUGCUCAUCCGUGCACAGUUACUCAAAUGCGGGUUUGAGUCUGAUGGGUUCUGCAGUACUUCUGUUCUUGGCCUCUAUAUUGAAAGAGGUAGCUAUUCAGUUAUUUUGUCAGAUGAUACAGUGUGGUGUCCAGCCCAAUCGUUUGACUUACGCGAUCCUUGCAAAGCUAGCGACCGACACAUUGGAUGUCGGCUUGGCAAAAUUGUGUCAUGGCCAAAUUGUUAAAGUUGGUUUAGAAAAUGAUGUUAUUGUAGGAGGAGCUGUGGUUGAUUCUUACCCAACACCGGGAUUCCUGGACGAUGCUUUGGGAAUAUUUCAAAAUCUAGAAGAGAAAGAUAAUGUUAUCGGUCAGUCCCAAGGAUAUUAGCCAAAGUUAGCCAUUUGACGGUGCUCAACUCAGAGUUGUUCCAGUUGCAUUUGUAACACAAUGGUACUGUCAGUGGGGUCUUGAGAAGGAUGAUAUGAGAGCUUCCGUAAAUUUAAUAUCAUGAAGAAAUGAGGUGCACUCGUGGGAAUGUCCAAGGUUGUUUGGCUAGAAAGCGAGUGCGAAGAUCUGAUGACGACCCCACUGUCUUUGGAAUCACAUACUGCAAAGGGCACACGUGCAAUCACAAACAGCAGAAGUCCCUCCACUUUUCUUUUCCUCUUGAUGAGGCUCGAGCCCCUGUAAAUUCGUGGAGUUGACGAUGCGAUGAGUAAAUACAAAGAUUGGAAGAGGGAGCACAGGGAUAUUGAAGGAGCGCCACCGCAUCAUAUGGUAAUCAGAAUUUUGCAAGAUAAACUAGAGAGAGAGAGAGAGAGAGAGCCCACAGGUUCAGCCGCCAUUCAGUCAAAACCCUGUGGGUUUUGACCAGCCAAGCUUCGAAGAAGAUGCCUCCUCGUACACGGCCAGUGGGAUGCCCAGAGCAGAAGAAAAGAACCUUGCGCGACACGCGACCAUUGCCUCUUCUUCCUCCCUACCCUUUGCUCUCCCCUCCCCUCCCUCAUCACCUCCCCCUCUCUCUGUGUUGGAGAUCAGAACAUAACCGGAGCCAUCCGAGGAGGCCGAACCCCACUUUCGUUUUCCCCCGUUUUCUUCUUUCCGCGGAAGCGAUGGCCUCACCGUCGGCCGGCACGGGGAGCUUGGACCCUCGAGCGAGCUCCUUCUCAUCCCUCCUCGCCUCCGCACUGGAGGACGACCAUCGCCGUGGGUCCGGCGUUCCCAAGUUCAAGUCCAUCGCCCCGCCCUCCCUGCCGCUUAGCCCCCCCGCUGGGAGCCUCUCUGCUUUCCUCACCUGCCCGCCUGAUCUCAGCCCUGCCGAUUUCUGGGACUCCCCUCGAUUGUUUAGCGAUUCCGAGGGAUCUACCCUUACCGAUUUCUGGGACUCCCCUCGAUUGUUUAGCGAUUCCGAGGGAUCUACUCCUCUCUCUCUCUCCCCCCGCAGCAAGUCCUCCGACAGUUACCAGCAGAUCCCUAAAGGGGAAGACGCAAAUUACUCUACCUUCACUUGGCAGACCAACGCCAAGCAGCAGUCUCCGGCUGACGAUGGUUACAACUGGAGGAAAUACGGCCAGAAGCAAGCAAAGGGGAUUGAGUACCCCAGGAGCUAUUACAAGUGCACUUAUCCUAAUUGCCCUACCAAGAAGAAGGUCGAGAGAUCUCUGGAUGGCCAGAUUACCCAUAUUGUCUACAAGGGAAGCCAUAACCACCCUCAGCCUCAGGCCACCCAGAGAUCCUCGGCGUCCUCCGCCUCCUCCGUGCUGUCUCAUGCAGGCCAAGUCUAUAAUCCCGCCGCCCCCGAAAUCAGUGACCCUGCUUUUUCUGCGCAUGGCUCCUCUCAAGUAGACUCUGCAACCCCAGAAAACUCUUCCCUUUCGGUCGCCGACAAGGAACCGGAUUCCAGAAGAUGGAAGCAAGAGGGUGAGAAUGGAGGGAUUUUAGCUCCUGGGAGCAGAACGCAGCAGCAGCAGCUAGUGUGGCAAGAUGAUUCCCUUCCUUCUUACGAGAGCAUGGUGAAAUCUGAACUCAAUCCAUUCCAGAGCUUCUCCCCUGAGAUCGCCACCAUCCAGACCAACGCCAAUAACCGACCCAAUUACGAUAAUAAUCAGUCUCAGGCUCAGUCCAUGCGAGGGCAGAGGAGAUCUGACGAUGGCUACAACUGGAGGAAAUAUGGCCAGAAGCAGGUGAAGGGGAAUGAAAACCCCAGGAGCUAUUACAAGUGCACUCAUCCUAAUUGCCCUACCAAAAAGAAGGUCGAGAGAUCUCUGGAUGGCCAGAUUACCGAGAUUGCUUACAAGGGAAGCCAUAACCACCCUAAGCCUUUGGCCAUCCGGAGAUCCUCGGCGUCCUCCGCCUCCUUCGUGCUGUCUCAUGCAGGCCAGGUCUAUAAUCCCGCCGCCCCCGAAAUCAGUGACCCUGCUUUUUCUGUGCAUGGCUCCUCACAAGUAGACUCUGCAACCCCAGAAAUCUCUUCUCUUUCGGUCAUCGGCAACGAACCAGAUCCCAAGAGAUGGAAGCAAGAGGGUGAGAAUGGAGGGAUUUUAGCUCCUGGGAGCAGAACGGAUAAAUCGAUCCCUGAUCAGCCCGUCGCUAGUUCAGUUGAUACAUCCAUUAGUUUGGGUUCAGGCCCCUGUUCUCAUGCUGCUGUAGAUCAGAAAGAAAUCGAGCGGUUAUUUGGGAUUGAUUUGCUUCACACAAAGGCAGGCUAUGUCACGAAGGAAGGAUCUCUGCUGAGUGAUCUGACAGAAGAAGAAAAUGCGACAGUGUCAAGUGAAGUGGAAAAACUAGUAGCCAUGCAGAAGCAAAGAGCAGAAAGUGAUUUUGUGCCAAUGCAAAGCACUCGAGAUACAAAGACUGAACUAUUUCCCUGUUCUCAUGCUGCUGAAGAUCAGAAAGAACUCAAGCCAUUCUUUGGGAUGGAUUCGCUUCACACAAAGGCAGGCUAUGUCACAAACAAAGGAACAUUGCUGAGUGAUCUGAAAGAAGAAGAAAAUGCGACAGUGUCAAGUGAAGCGGAAAAACUAGUACCCAUGCAGAAGCAUAGAGCAGAGAGUGAUUUUGUGCCAAUGCAAAGCACUCCAGAUACAGAGACUGAACUAUUUUCCUGUUCUCCUGCUGCUGAAGAUCAGAAAGAAUUCAAGCAGUUAUUUGGGAUUGAUUUGCUUCACACAAAGGCAGGCUAUGUCACGAACGAUGGAUCUCUGCUGAGUGAUCUGAAAGAAGAACAAAAUGCGACUGGGUCAAGUGAAGCGGAAAAACUAGUAGCCAUGCAAAAGCAAAGAGCAGAAAGUGAUUUUAUGCCAAUGCAAGGCACUCGAGAUACAGAGACUGAACUAUUUCCCUGGAUAAUGAAAAAGGACGCCGAUCCUCAUGCUACUUUGGGAAAAGUUCAUUCUUAUUCAUCACACUCAGAGUUGGAAGUUGGUUCACAUUACUCAGAAUUGGAAGUUGGUUCACAUUGCUCAAAAUCAGAAUCUGAAGACACUGAUGAGAAGAUGAAGAUUGGAGCAAGUCCAGAAUAUCAUAGGAGAGAAACAUCGGAAAGUGCAGUUUUGCAAAUGCAGAACACUGCAGAGCCAGAGGUUGAACCCUUUUCCUUGGAAGUAAACGAAGACACCACUUCUGACGAAGUUCUUUCAUAUUCCUCAGAACAAGAAUCUGAAGUUGAUUCAUAUUACUCGGGACCGGAAUAUGAAGUUGGGGAUAAAAAGGCGAGAAUAGAAGCUAGUCCAGAAUAUAAUGAUAUCAUACACAUACCAAAGAUGAAAAAGGAAAGUUCGUCACAUGCUACUUUGGAUGAUGCCAAUGCCUUAAUUGAUAUGUUAGGUGGUGGUGGAAGACAAGAAGGGAGAUCAUUAGAAGGAUUGGGUGCAAUUAAAUAUGACUCUAUAGUUGACCAUCUUAUUAAGUCCAUAAAAAAAUCUAACAUUGAAAAAAUUGGAAUAUAUGGCAGAAACGAGGUUGCAAAAGCUAUUGUCAUUGAAGCUUUAAAGGAAUCUGCAAUUUUGAGAAAUCUAUUUGAUAGAGUCAUCUGUGUUACUGUUCCUCUGAACUGCGACAUGGAAAAGGUGGAAAAGGAGAUUGCUGGACAAAUAUCUUCUGAUUUAACUGAAGCCAAUGCAGUUGAUAUGCCACAUUCGGUGGUGAAUGCAUUGGAAGGCCUCAAGUUUUUGCUCAUUCUUGUUGUCGUUAACCAACACAUGAAGCUAGAGACAUUGAGGAUUCCUAAAGCAACACCACCAGUUGGUAGCAAGAUAGUCUUUGUGACUGGAUCAGGAAAAUUAUGCAAUGAAAUCGAAGUGGAUAAGAAAAUAUGCUUGGAUGAUCUGUUGCUGUACGAAUUAUUUUGUCAGAAUGUGGGUGAAGUUGUUUAUUAUUCUAAUGAAGCCCUAGCUAGAGAAAUAGUUAGGAUGUGCAGGCCAUAUUCACAUGCUGUUAUUCUAGUGGCAAAGGCACUGCAAAAUGUUGAUGACAUUUUAAUCUGGAAACAUGCGCUUGAAAGACUGAAUGUUCUACCUACAAGUCAUGAAGCAGGUAUAGAAGCUCUUAUGGUUAAUGUAUUAAGAUUCUGCAUUGACCAACUAGAAGAUGAUAAAACUAGAAGAUGCUUGAAAAAUCUUGCUCUUUGUAACAAUUACCAUGAGAUUGCAUCUGAGUCUGCCAUAGGCCUAUGGGUCAGGGAUGGUAUCGUAGACGCCCAUGAUGAAGGCCAAAAAGUCCUAAAAAAUCUUGUCAAUGCUAGCCUGCUCGAAGUUGAUGAGAAUUGGCAAUUUGUGAAGUUUCAAGACCAGGAUCAGGAUAUAUUAGUGAACUUAAUAUUUCAGCCCGAGGAAAAUCGUGUGUUUCUGAUGCGGGGUGGCUUGGAUUUGAUAGAGCCACCAGAGGUUGAGGAAUGGGAGAGUGCAAAAGAGAUAUGUUUGAUGCAUACUGCAAUUUCUGAGCUACCGAAGGAACCAAGGUGCCCUUCACUUUUGUCGUUAUAUCUGCAAAGAAAUUACAAGCUGAAAGCUUUCUUCUUCAUUUUCAAUCAGAUGCCUGCUCUAGAAGUAUUGAAUCUGUCUAGAACCCGCAUUCGGUGCUUGCCGGAGUCCAUAUCUCAACUUGUCAGCCUCAAAAGACUCUUCUUGAAUGAUUGUGUCCUUUUGAGAUCGAUAUCGCCAGCAAUUGCAGGGCUCAAGCGGCUGGAGGUAUUUGAUCUUGAGGGGACGAAGAUUAAGAAUGUUCCCAAGGAAAUUGAAUGUUUAAUUAAUCUGACUUGUUUGGGGAUCUCAAUUUCUGGAACUGAACCUUUUAGUGACUCUAAAACAGUGAUUCCUCAUGGGGUAAUAUCUUCUCUGUUACACUUGGAAGAACUGAAUCUCGAUGUGGAUGCCAAUGCUGAAUGGUGGGAUACAUGUGCUGAAGGUGUUUUAUCUGAAGUUUGCAACUUGAAAAGGUUAAGCACUUUCAAGUUCUCCUUUCCUACAUGGGAACUUUUGAGGCAGUUUAAUCAGCUAAGGAAAUCAAUGGAGCUUCCAUCUUUAGCUCAAUUCAGACUUUGUGUUGGUAAUCAUGCUAGCCGCAUCAUGAAUCGGCUACCUUCAGAUAUUGAAUUCGAGCUGGAACAGUGCAACCGAUUCUUGAGGUACACAAAUGGUGAUGGUGUCUUCAUGGAUAUUAAGGACAUCUUGCAACAAUCAGAUGCUUUUUUCUUAGAAAGGCAUGCUAAUCUUAAGAAGCUGUCUGAACUAGGGAUAGAUAGCAUGGACCAACUCAAGUGGUGUGUUUUGGGAGAGUGUAAUGAGCUUGAAGUGCUCGUGGAUGCAUCUGAUACCCUUCAUCAAGAGGCUUUAACUGAAUCUCACUGCAAAAGCAUCUGUCUUGAAUCGCUAGAGUUUCUGUACGUGUAUUACAUGAGAAACUUGAGAAACAUUUGGAAAGGCUCAAUGCAUAAGGGAUGUUUAUCUUCUCUCAAGCUGUUGACAUUGUGUAAAUGCCCGGAGUUGACAGUUAUUUUCUCAAGCGAGAUGCUUGAUAAUCUCAACAACUUGGAAGAGGUCACAGUUGAGGACUGCCCAGCCAUCAAAAGCCUAAUUACUCGCCAAACUUCUACUGGCAAAGUCUGUGAGACAUCUUAUUUCCUCCCUAUUUUGAAGAAGUUGUCUCUCCAUUACGUACCUAAACUUUCCAACGUAUCCUGUGGGCUACGGAUUGCACCGAGGUUAGAAAGAUUGAGUUUUUAUGACUGCCCGAGUCUCAAGUCUCUUUCAACAGAUGAAGUUUCCACUGAGCAUUUGAAGAAAAUCAGGGGGGAGAGGAGUUGGUGGGAGGACUUGAAAUGGCACGGCCAUAAGCCAGAUCACUUGGACAGUAUUUUCGUCCCAAUUGACACAUGUGACAUCCCUUAA